ACAGAUCUGAUGUUCCAUGAUUGAAUAUUGAACAUGGGGAUUAUUUCACCGUCUUGAGAAAUUUAAAACGUAGUGACCAUUUCCAACAUUGAACCAACAACUUCAAUUGUAUCUAACGAAAGAAUAUCCAAGAUGCCAGAGGUUAACGAUAAAGUCACAAAGAGUUACAAGUCCCUUCUAUUCAUAGGCCAAUUUCUACUCAAGGUUGGUGACUUGGAAUCGUUAUCAGACUCACUCCCAGGAUUGUUAAGUCGCGUUGGGGUUCAUGACGAGGAUAAAAGAAUCAAAUUGAUAGAUUCCUUCAGACUCAUUGUUGAUGAUUUCAAAAAAGUCCAAGCUUCCAAUAAUGGGAAAGUUGAGUUGGCUGCACGUACAACAAGAAAUUUUGUCAGAAGUUCAUUAGCAUUUUUUGGAUUCCUCACCACAGUCACUUCAAUCAAAAACUUACUGAUCAACCUAUCUAGAAAAAGACUUGAUAGCUCAAUUUCCCUUGACUCAUUCAAGAAUCUGGGUCUGGUUAGUGCAUCAUUCGGUGCUUUAUUAUCGGGGGUUCCGUUAACAGAUGCAAUUGUCUCAAGAUUAUUACCUUUCCUCUCAAAUACUAAACACUUAUCUGCGUUUAUCACGUCAUUAGCUGCCUUUCAAUUGUACCCAAAAGAUUAUUCUCGUGAUCUGUUGUCAAUUUAUUUGCUUGUUUAUGGUGGUGAAAGCGUUCAAAACUAUCUGAUUCACCAAGGCCCCUUGAAAGCAUUAAAAGAGAAUUGUAAACUCACAGAUUUGGUCACCAAAAGCUGGUUCUUGAUCCCAUUAACUCUCAGUGAGUUAUAUCAGACUUACGUGGAACAUCCAUUGUUGACUCCAACUUUUGUUAAAAAAGUUUUUGAUUCUUUAUUCAAUGAUCUUAACAAUCCAAAUCCAUUAUGGGUUGAGAAAGGCUGGCCAUUAGUGGUUAAAAGAGUUACUAUCCUAGCUGAUAACACCCUCUUACAAGGAGAAUAUAUCAAGAGAAUCAAAAGCUUACCAUCCUCAAUCAACCCAAUCAACAAAUUAAAUGGUUCUGCUAAUCUGAAGCUUUUCUUGAGAUAUAUCCCAUCCAAAUUCUUCAAAUUAAUGCUGUUCAUCACACCUUUUUAUCUCCUCAAGGACAUCAUCACUAAAAAGAUUACACUUCAAGAUUUAAAAGCAAAAUGGAAAUCAUACUUUAAAUCUUUACUUCAAGGAACCUCCAAACUAUCAUUAUUCGCUAUCCUAACCACAAUUACUGCACAAUUCCUAACACAACAAAAGUUGGAAACCAGAACAAUUUCAAAAUACAUCAAUCCACACAGAUUGAUCGGUUUUAUCGCCGGAUUAUGGGGUUUAUUAUACAGAGACUCAACAAGCAACGCAUUAAUGUCGUACAUCUUGAGAACAACAUUAUUGUCAACAUGGAGAAAACAAACUCUCAAACAUAAAUCUUUAAACCAUUACAACAUUGAACUAUUGUUGAAUGCAUUGGGAAUUUCAAUAUUGGUCGGAUUUCGCGAAAAUGGGUUAGAAGAUUUUAUAACACCAAAAAGGUUCAAAAACAUCACUGAAUGGAUCUCAAACGGAGGACAAACCACUACGCAAGCUUAA